AUGGGAAACAAAUUAUCAGCAUGCAGUUGUGCGCCUUUGAAACGAGGCUACCGCGACGACGAAUCCCCAUGGCAGACAGGUGGAAGAAGUAGCGGCAGCCACAGGGGAGAUUCUGCCCACUUGCUCAGGUGCGGAAGCGUAAUAGAAAAGAAGAGAUUGUGGGCUGAAGUUUUCCACGUUAGCGCGGCUGGACAAACAGGUCUUGUCAAAUGGCAGCAAGUUUCAGAGGAUCUUGUCCCCGUGAAUAUUCGCUGUCUUUCGGAUUCCCCUGAAAUGGUCUUCCAUAUUACCGCCUACAAUAGUCAAGUUGACAAGAUCCUAGAUGUACGACUGGUCCAACCAGGUACAAGAAUCGGCCAAGCAUCAGAAUGCUUUAUCUACUGGAAAGACUCAAUGACCAAUGAUACAUGGGGUCUAAACUUUACCUCUCCAAUAGACGCUAAACAGUUCAAAGACUGCUGCUCACCCUCGACGAAAACACCCCGCAAAGCGCCUUCUUCGUAUUCCCUGAAGCUGGAGCCUCCCAACAAGCAAAAGGUCAAAACACGGAUGAAACCUCUUUCUACACCAGCUUCUCCUAGUCGAACAAAAGCUCCGCAGUGCACUUGCAUGGUUCCUGAGCAACUGAGAAUCUCACGGACUCGAGACCAGAGAUUUUCAGCAGGUCCUUGCGGCCCCGUGUCGUUACCUAGAAACAUGGUACUGAACCCCCGUUCCGGGGAUGUAGAGAUGACGCCUGGACGUGACAAGAUAGGUAACAACGCAACAUCCAGCGUUUCACUUUACGACAAUGUCAAUAAUACUACCGAUACACCAGGUAAAACAUCCAAGUACGGUGAUACGUCAAGGCACAUCAGUAAAGACAAACAACUACAGAAUGAAACAUGCCAGACAACGCCCAAAACUGUUAACGUUGCUACUGGCACUGCUACCGUUGGUUCACAGAUUGAUAGUCCAGAUGACAAAGGUACAACGAUAUCACCUAAAAAAGGAAUAAAGCGUCAAGACAGUGCGACACAAAAUGGGAGUGAGUCUCUGAAAUCAGAAAGCAUACAAGUAGGGGGUACAUUAGGUAGCAAAUUUCGUAAAGAACAAUUACACCACACAAAAUCAGCAGACUACACGGAGUACGAAAUGCAAAAUGGUAAUUUCUUCAACAUCGUUAAUAACAACAGCAAUCAUGGGAGUAGAAAAUCCAAGAGUAAGAGUACGGACGAUAUGAGAAUUGAAAAUGCUCAAAACGGCGGUAUUAGCCUUGAUCCGAAUACAUUGAAACGGAUGCUCAAACCAAUGUCAAGUAUUGACAGUCCAGCAACUUCACCAGAAAUGACGAGAAAACGUCAUCCUCAUGCUCACACUCAUCACUACUAUCAUCCGAAUAAUAAUAAUCAGAGGUACAUACAUUCCGAACCGGAAAAUGAUAAUUAUGCUCAUCCAUACAGAAGCCCCUAUAAUAAUAAAUUUCAAGGAUCAAGAAGUGUUCAUGAAAUGACUCGUCAAUACUCUACUGGCGGCAGAGGCAGGAUGUACUUAGAUUUGGAACGUAAUCGGUGCACAGGUGACAUGUCCCCACCGUCAGACAACGUUAUCUUCGACAAUCAGUGCUACGCAACAACGCCAAGUUCAUCUAAUGGUAAUUCAGAUAUGGAACAACCGAACCACUGCAGUGCCAGACGUUACAACGGCCAGACAUAUCAUCAGCAGCACCACCCACAGCAGCAGCAGCAGCACCAUCAGCAGCACCACCACCCGUAUCAGCAGCAGAACAUCCAGCAUCAGCAGCAACAGCAGCAGCAGCAAAAUAUGCAGCAACAGCAGAACAUCCAGCAGCAGCAACAGCAGCAGAAUAUGCAGCCCACUUCAACCCCCGGGAGUCCGACCAGCCGUUUAUUGCUCGAGUACGAAAUGCAUUUGAGAAACACUCUUGCGAAGGGAAUGGACGCUGAAAGCUACAGUCUUCAUACCUUUGAAGCGCUUUUAACUCAAAGCAUGGAAAAUCUAGAACUGGCAGAAAAUAUUCCGAUGAAUGUUCAACGCACCCCGCACGCAUCGCGCAAGCGUCCUAAUUCCAACAAAUCAUCGACGCUGCCGCUGUCCUAUCGCUAUUCAAACGACCGGCAAAAUAGCAAGGAUCGCGACGGAUAUUACAGCGAUCGCAAUGAAAUUAUAAGGGAGAAGCGAGAACGCGAAGCUGUCGAACGAGAAGGAUAUCUUAGCGACUACAACUCUAAGUAUGAACCCAACGUCUCGCAAAGAUGUACCAGCUGCAUUGGAGAGUCAGCUAGAGCUCAAUGGUUCCGACAUUCAGAUGGAUGGCGAUCUGGUAGCUCAACACUAGGAUCAGCAGCCUCUAAUUCUAUAAAUCUUAGUUAUGACCGUGGACACAAGCGAGAAUCGCCUUGGGAGUCAUUGCCCUCGUUGCGACAGGAAAAUAGUCUCAAUGACAGUGGCUACAGGUCAAAUAGAACUGACUCGAUGGAACAACGUGGAACAUUUGAUCGACAAGACAGUGUAAGAUCAGAUUACAUGUCUGAUAGAGACAGCAGAUAUGGAAUUGUGCAACAAGCAUCCUUGGAAAGUACAGACUCAAGACUCUGCUACUUGACGUCGUCAGAGAUGUCAGAUGACGACCGUAUGUCACUAACAACAGCGGUAAGCGACGAUGACGACGGAGAGAGUGUUAUGAAUUCACCUUACCGCGGGAAGCAAACUGGUACUGCAGCUGCUUCAUUUAACUGCACCGGAGCAGUGCGAAAAGCUGGUUAUCUCAGUGUUAAAAAAUGGUUGCUGCGCAAAAAGCAUCAAAUUGAAUUGGCGAGGAAACGCGGUUGGAAGGGCUACUGGGUAUGUCUGAAGGGUACAACCCUAUUGUUUUAUCCCUGCGAGUCCCAAGAAAGCCGAGCUGUUGAGACUGCUCCGAAGCACCUUAUUAUAGUGGAUGGAGCGAUAAUGCAACCGAUUCCGGAGCACCCUAAGCGAGAUUACAUAUUCUGUUUAAGUACUGCAUUUGGAGAUGCUUACUUGUUUCAGGCUCCGUGUCAAGUGGAACUCGAGAACUGGGUGAAUAGCAUUCACUCAGCCUGUGCCGCGGCUUUUGCCCGACACCGUGGUAAAACUGGUACUUUACAUUUACUACAGGAGGAAAUUUUCCGGUUGGAAAAAGCCAUUGAGUCGGAUUACAAAUUGAAGCACAUGGCUGAUCUUCAGCAAUCCGUUGUCUCUGACAUUGAAACUAAGCAGGAGAUUAGUAACCAGAUUGUUCAAUGGGAAGAGAAUCUCGAGCGUCUUCACUGCGAGCAAUUCCGCUUGAGAUGUUAUAUGGCAAGUUUGCAGAGUGGAGAAUUACCCAAUCCGAAGAGUUUACUAACUCAUGUAUCAAGAGCAACAAAGCAAACCCUGAACAAACUUGGCGUAUUCACAGUGUCCUCUUUCCAUGCAUUUAUUUGCGCCCGAAGCCCGUCCUUGCUCAAUAAUUUGUUAGCUGGCCGCGGUGCUACUAAGCGAAGACCUCCACUUUUGUCAAGAUCAAAUAGUGGAUCUAGUCGUAGGUCUCUGCAAAUGUCCUCGAGGGAUGACGAGAAGAGCGUUAAAGUUUCAGUGCCCGAAAACCAAUUUGUAUCAGUUUUCCUCCGCGAAGGAAUGACAGUAGAGGAGUUCCUGGCAAACGCCUGCAGCAGGAAAGGUCUCAAUCCAAUGGAGCAUUUCGUCCGAGUGAAGAAACGACGUGAAAUGGAAGACCAUAAUUACUUUGUGCCUCACAGGACGGAUACAAUUGAAACUUACCUACACACCCACGAAGUAGUUGAGGUCUGCGCAAAGAUACUUUAUCAAGUAGAACUUCAGCGAAAUACUCUCGAUCAAAUGUGGGGCUUCUCCGUCGAGGCGGAACUUAUAGAAAAUUCGGAUCGACAGGACGAACUCUGUUGUUACGUCAGUCGGGUUGAGGAUAAAAGCGUAGCCAUGCAAAAUGGUAUUAUUAAAAGCGAUGAAAUUAUGGUGAUAAAUGGAGCAAUAGUAAGCGAUCUGGAUAUGAUGUAUUUGGAGAGUGUACUCCAAGAAGAAUUAGCUUUAUGCAUGAUGAUGCGGUCAUCUAGAACAGAGCCACCAGACGUUACACCGGGUAUUGUGAGAGUAACCGAUGAUAUUGAAAGCCUGGUAUGUCCGCCACCGCCUACAGAUCCACCAGUUAUCAGUGAAGAAAUGAUUUCCGGGCUGAUUGUUCCAGCCGUACCAGGAUGGAGCAAAGAGAGUGGUGGUGGUGGUUAUAUUAUGCACGACGGUGCCUUUACAAUGAAAGAUUGUAUUUCUGGUUCUCAAUUAGAAAAUAACAAGCAGACGUCACGAACAAAUUCGUUUGAGAUUGAAAAUUUAUUGAAGACUGCUGAACAAGUUACUGGAAUCUGUCGCUCACCCAGCGAAACACGUAAAUCUAGUCCUACUGGCAGUGUCGUAAGCUCUCAUUCCCAAGUAUUAACGCCGAGCCGACAGCUCAGUGAUGCGGAAAAACUUAAAAAAGUUAUUUGCGAGCUCAUCGAUACUGAACGUACUUACGUAAAGAAUCUUAAUAAUUUAUUAGAAAAUUAUCUGGAGCCACUAAAACGAGAAACAUUCUUGUCAAAUGCCGAAAUAAAUGCACUGUUCGGUAACAUACAAGAAAUUGUAACAUUUCAAAGGCAAUUUUUGCAAAAUCUUGAUCAUGCUAUUGAAAUGGAGGCUGAUUUUAAUAACUUCGACCAUUCAAGUCAAUUUAAGGGUGUCCUAUUUUCUAUUGGAAGUGCCUUUUUAUAUUACGUGAAUCACUUCAAAUUAUACAGCUCGUUCUGUGCCAGUCACUCAAAGGCUCAAAAAGUUUUACAUCCAAACGAAGGAAAUCAAGCACUACAAGAAUUUUUACAAGCAAGAAAUCCACGACAGCAGCAUUCAUCAACUUUGGAAUCUUAUUUAAUUAAACCUAUUCAAAGGAUACUAAAGUAUCCUUUGCUCUUACAACAAUUGAAAAAUCUUACUGAUGAAAGGAGCGAAGAACAUCAACAUUUAACUGAGGCAUUGAAGGGAAUGGAAAAAGUAGCCGAGCAUAUUAACGAAAUGCAGAGAAUUCAUGAAGAGUAUGGCGCAAUAUUCGAUCAUUUAUUCCGACAACAUCAAAAAUCAUGCAAGCAGCCAAUUGAUUUGAGCCCCGGCGAUUUACUUUACUACGGCGGCGUGGAGUGGCUGAAUAUAUCAGACUUCUUGGGUAAAAUAAAGAAAGGACUGGAGCUUCAUGCAAUGUGCUUUGUAUUCAAAUCCGCGGUUGUAUUUUUAUGCAAAGAGCGAUUGCGGCAAAAGAAAAAGCUUAUGGGCGUCUCGACUAAAACGAAUUCCAGCGAAGUGGAAAUAAUUCGUUACCAAGUACUUAUUCCAGUGACUGAGGUACAGGUGCGCGCCAGCUCAGCCAAGGACAUGGAGUCUCAUUUCCUGUGGGAAUUGAUUCACUUAAGAAGUCAAUUACAGAGGCGAUCGGAAAAAGUUUACGUUUUAUCCAACAGCACGACAGAAUUCAGAAAUGCAUUUUUGAAAACAAUACGCCAAAUAAUCCGCGAAUCGGUUCGAAAUAUGAGUAUACCAUCAACAAAACCGAACAUAACUCAACCGCCGAUGACAAUGGCCCCGCGGAUGUCUACCGGGCAUGUGGAAAAGUUUGAUAAAGUCCAGAAUCAAGGUCUGAAUGGCGGAACCCCGUGCAAUUCUGGCGGAGCGACUGGAACACUUUCGAAGAAAGCGAACAAGCAGCAGAUCCUGUCAAACACCCUGAACUCGCGGAGAAAGCACAGUCAUCCAAAAUCCUCGGUUGAACACGAGAGUUCCGAGGACAGAGAUUGCGAUGACAUUCCUAUCCAACAAAUUUCAUUCCGUACUCGUAGCAAAACCAUCAGUGAUACCUCAGGUGAAGUAAAGAUUGAUAUGGAUUCAGGAACAAAGUCUGAGGGUGAGGAGGACUCCCAGGCUUUUUUAGGCGAGAAGAAGACCAAUUUAGGGCGAACUCCUAACCACCUGACGCUGAGUACCACCUCGACCAUCUCCGCUGGUAGCACUGGCAGCCAGGCGAGACUUAUUCAAUCGUCACACCAGCCCGAGAACUAUCAGCCUAUUUCAGUUAAAGAGCUGGGUUCACCAAUUUGGAAGCCGCGGGAACUACCGUCACUCGGGGAAGCCACAACAUUGCCGCGAAAGGGUAAGUCGGCCGGUGAAUUUGCAGAUAUUAAUUCGGCCCAUAGCGCCUCCCGAAAGUCUUUAAUAGAAAUCAAUAAUUGUGCUCAACAAUCUAACUUUAAUAAUCACGUUUAAGUUAAUAAUUAACUUUUAAUAAUAAUUAUUACUCAUAGAUUUUAUUAUUACUUAUAAUUAUAA